AGAUCUAAUUUUUGACUAUAAAUGAUACACGGAAUUCUUGGAAAUUUAGCUAUUGUUCAAGUGAUUCGACUAGAAACAUGUCUAAGCAAUUGAUGGUUGGUUUGAUUUUGGUUGCGGUUUUGGGAGACCGAUUCAUGCAAAUUGAAGGUGGACUUGGGUGUCUUUUCAAAGCAAAGGCAGGAAUGAAAGAUCUUCAUAACGCUGCAGAGAAUGGUCAAUUGAAGAUCGUUGAAGAGCUCAUCAAAAAAGGAGCAAAAGUUGAUUCGAAGGACAAUGAUAAUCGGAAACCACUUCAUUUGGCUGCUAAGAAUGGUCACAAGGAUGUCGUUGAAAUGCUCAUCAUAAAAGGAGCCAAAGUUGAUCCUCAAGACGCUAACAAGCAGACACCUCUUCUUUUAGCAGCUAAGAAUGGUCACUUGAAUGUCGUUGAAAUGCUUAUCACGAAAGGAGCGAAAGUUGAACAAACGGACGAUUUUAAGCGGACACCACUUCAUUAGGCUGCUUGGAAUGGCAAUUUUGAAUAUUUUCACUUAAUGAGAGAAAGACUUGAUUAACAUUGAUCGAUGUUAUUUUUCAGGUCAUAUGGAGGUUGUCGAAUUGCUCAUCACGAAAAAAGCUAAAGUUGAUCCUAUAGACAGUCUUAAGCGGACACCUCUUCAUCAUGCUGCUAUUCAUAAUCGCAUGGAGGUUGUCGAAUUGCUCAUCACGAAAAAAGCUGAAGUUGAUCGUAUAGACGAUCUUGAGCGGACACCUCUUCAUUAUGCUGCUAUGUAUGGUCACAUUAAGGUUGUCGAAUUGCUCAUCACGAAAAAAGCUAAAGUUAAUCCUAUAGACAAACAAAAGCGGACACCUCUUCAUUUUGCUGCUAUGAUUUGCAACUUACAGAUAGUUCAACUUCUUGUUGCCAAUGGGGCCAGUGUUACUGCUGAAGAUUUUGAUAAACAGACACCGUAUCUAGCAGCUGUUACUAGUCCUUUACGUAGUGAAAAUUGCAAGCCGGUUGCUGACUAUCUUAAGAGGGUUUAAAAGAAAAGGCAAAACGGACAUAAGUGAAAUCAAUUGAAAAAUCCUAUGUAGUUUUUUGAGUUCUGUAUUCGAUUGCCAUGUAGAAUAUUAAUUUCAGUACAUUUUUGUCAAACUUUAACCACACCAAUAUUGC